AUGUCUUUCCUGAGGCUGUUACCUCAAAGGUUGCCCCAAUUUGUUAGGCAGGUGGAGCGAGAUGUCGAGACUGUAAUCAAUGUUCUGCAGCCAGGUCCAAUAGGAAUUGUGGAGCAUAAGUUCACUGAUGCAGAGAUCCGCGAGGCGCAAGUCACUGUAAGGAGUGCCGUUGAGAAAUGGCGAAGGAACAGUGCUCUGGAGCGAAAUCUUGGCACUGGUUCUUUUCAUAAAUCGAAGUAG